AUGUCGGCUACGCUCACCACCACGCUUGUUGGAAUGCCUUCUGCCAUGAGUGUUGCGGUCCCUGAGAAGCAUCUUCCAUCUGAGGGAAAUUGGAAUGGCCAUGAGAUCCCCCCGGACCACCCCGAUCACCCCGAAACCCAGCGCAGGAUCCAGGAGUUGGAGGGGCAGGUGCAGGAGUUGACACAGCGCGCGUCGGUGACUGCUGGAAAACUCCACGACUACGAAGAAGAAGUGCGGCGACUGCGCUCGUCACAACCCGCCGACGAUACUCCGCGCAGCAGCUCGUCGCAAGCAGAUCGCUCACAAUCGCCCACCCACCAGCCACCGACAUCCCCCGACCGACUGCCCCAGUCCUCGCAUCCAACCUACCCGAGCCGUCUGGCGACGCUGACCUCGCUGCUUCCGUAUCGUCGGGGGAGUCCUGCGCCAGCCAACGUGCCCCUCCCGUCCACUCCGACCGCGUCCACCCCGACCAUGUCCACCCACCCCCUUGCGCAACAAGGCUCUCCAGCCAGCAGCGAUCACACCUCGGAGCUGCAGGAUGCCCUCACUCGCGAGCAGGGUCUGCGCAAGGCAGCCGAGAAGCAGCUGUCGCAAGCGAACACGGAACUGGAAGAGUUGACAGUGCAGCUGUUCAGCCAGGCGAACGAGAUGGUCGCGCAGGAGCGCAAGGCGCGCGCCAAGCUGGAGGAGCGAGUUGCGGUGCUUGAGCGUCGCGAUAUCGAGAAGCGGUCUCGUCUCGAACGAUUGGAGAGGUCGAUGGCUCGCGUGGAAAGAUUGCGGGCGUUUGUCAAUCGUUGA